GACUCAAUGAAGGGCUGACUGUACAGCCUGCCAUGAUGGGAGGCCGCGUGGAACUAGGCAACACCGGAAACCAGUAAAUGGAAUGUAGUGAAACAUCAUCAUCAGAAAACAACUCGUAAAAACCACAAUGAAUGUUGAGGGAGCCUCUCAGGACGUCUCUGACAGGAGAUUUGCAACAAAAACAGAAACGAGGCCAGGUGUUUGGCCAGGUGUUUGUGCUACACUUCUGAAGGGCGGCUGCAUAUGGCAACAAUGAGAAACAGGACCCUUCUAAUCUAAAAACCCCCAAGUUCAGGAAACAAGAUCGCCGACAGAACAUCAUGAGACCUUCAGUGGUGCUCUUUUAUUUCCUCCUCAUUAUGAGUGAAGGCUUUGAAACGAGCAACAAACCCCGCAGGAGUGUUUCCUUUCAAGAAAUGAAUGUGAAGCAGUUCGAAGAGUCUGGCUUUGGCGGUUUGAGCUCUUUGAUGAUGAGAGACGACAUUGGUCAGCUUGUCAUCGGAGCCAGGGGGAAAGUGCUCACUCUCAGCUUGGAUGACAUCACCAAGAAGACCAGUGAGGCCAAAUGGUUGGUCAGCUCAGCAGACAAAGCCCUUUGUCAAAUGAAAGGCAAGGACAUGAAGGAUUGUGAUAACUUCAUCCGGACGCUACACACAAUGAAAGAUGGUAAAAUGCUUGUGUGUGGGACGAACGCUUUCAACCCUGCAUGUGACCACGUAAUUUUCAAAAAUGGAAAACUCUCCCUGGAAGGAAAGAAGCAGGUGGGAAAGGGAAAAGUUCCUUUUGACCCUUACGAGCGCUUUGCUUCUCUUAUGGAUGGAAACACUUUGUACUCGGCCGUUUCCUCCAACUUUCUAGGCACAGAAGUGCUGUUUCAGCGCCACGGACUGAACCCUCUCAAGACUGAAAUGAAACGUUCCUGGUUCAACGAGCCUACGAUGAUUUCCAUAAGCCUCGUUGAAACCAGUAAAAACAGCGACAGCGGUGAAGACGACAAUGUUUUCUUGUUCUUUACUGAGAGCGCUGUGGAGGAACGUCAUGACAACAUCCGAGUAUCAAGGAUCGCCCGUGUGUGCAAGAGUGACCUGGGGGGUGAAAGGACUCUGCAGAAAAGGUGGACUUCUUUCUUGAAGGCCCGCUUGGAUUGUCAGUUUGGCGAUGGAGGCUUACCUACUCUUGUUCAGGAUGUCUUCCUUCUCCGAGACUUAAAUAACGAGAGCGUCUUCUACGCCACGCUCACCUCCGGCUCGGAGUCCUCAGGUGGAUGCAGCAAGUCCGCCGUCUGUGCCUACAAGCUGUCAGACAUCACUCAGGUGUUUAGUGGGAGGUUUCUGACUGAGAGGGAGAGUGGUCGUUGGGACACAUACACAGGAGAGGAGCCAUUCCCCCACCCUGGUUCAUGCAUUAACAAUGAAAUGCGGGCCAAUGGUGUGACGACCUCUCUCGACCUCUCCGACAAAACCCUGCUGUUUGUAAAGAACCAUCCUCUGAUGGAGGGGGUGGUUACACCGAUGACUGGCAAGCCUCUGCUGGUCCAGACAGGGACACGCUUUUCUAAAAUUAUCGUGGACCAAGUCACGUCACUGGAUGGACGACAGCGUCAGGUUAUGCUCAUCGGCACAGACUCUGGUUGGCUGCAGAAGGCGGUGAGGUUUGACGGCGAGGACGUCCACGUCAUCGAGGAGCUGCAGCUGUUUCGCACUCCGCAGCCCGUCGACUUCCUCCAGCUCGCCUCAAAAACAGGCCAGCUAUACAGCGGCACCAGUAACAUUGCUGUUCAGGUUGAUGUAAGGGACUGCAGCCGCUACACUUCCUGCAACGACUGCCUCCUCUCCAGAGACCCCUACUGUGGCUGGGACAAGAUCAGAGGCCAGUGUGCAUCUGUAGUUGGCGCAUCAACUGGGUCCAUGAUUCAAAGUCUCAGUGAUGGAGACAUCACGAUGUGCCCGACCUCUGGCUUGAAAAAGAAACCUGCCAUUGUCCACAUAACUGUUGGGAUUGCACAGUUCCUCCGAUGUUCCCCUAGCACCAACCUCCUAAUCAGCUGGCGCUUCUCUGACAACAUCCUUCCUCCGGGUCCCCGACACACUGUGCUCAGCCAAGGUCUCAUCAUCAGACCUUCCUAUUCUGAUGCAGGGCUUUAUACAUGUGAAACGUUGGAAACAGUGAAGGGAAAAGUGCACCGGGAGACUGUGGUCCGGUACCUCGUCCGGGUUCAAGACACUAACACUCUUGUCAGUAGACUAAAGGCAGCUGCGAUCACCUUGGCGCUUUUGGUUGUCUCGCUGAUACUGAUUAUGUGCCGUCGUAUCAUAUGCCGGAAGGCAAAGAAGCAAAACAACAUUGAUUGUGGCAACGAAAACAGCAACAACAAUCAAGAGACUACUGUGAGGCCUCCCUGUCAUCAUGACCAGACCAAGGAUAGAUGCAUGGAUGAAGGUCGGGUUCAGUGUGGUCAUGGGAGUGAUGAUGUCACAUAGGAGGAGACUGGGAGUGUUACAUCUAUACAAAGUCUCUGACUUAUACUCAUUCUGUGGUAUCGCAUGUAUGUUUCAAUAAAGGCAAAGAAUAAAAAAUAAUAUUUAGUUACAUGGUCAUUCGGUUCUCAAACUCAAGAUAGAGAAACAUAAGGUUAGUCUCUGACCUCCAAAUACUUUAAUGACCCAUAAUGUGCCUCCAGUUCCAGGUACGUUUCACUCAUUUUUAUGCCUCCAUACUGUCAUACUGGGUUGUCUGUCCGCCCAUCCGUCCCAUCCUCGUGGACACAAUAUCUCAGCAACGCCUCGACGGAACAAACAUUCAGCUGGAUUCAAGUAUGUUCUGAUUUGAUUUUGGCGGUCAAAGGUCAAGGUCACGGUGACCUCACAAAACGCGGUUUUGACCGUGUGAAUGCAAUAUUUCCGGGAAUUUCUUCAAAUUGGGUACAACUGUUCACUUGGACUCAAGGAUGAACUGAUUCAAUUUUGGUGGUCAAAGGUCAAGGUCACUGUGACCUCACAAAAACUUACUUCGUCGCAUAUGCCUAUGGGUCUUUCUCUUGGCAUUUUGACUUGCCAUGGCAGGGAAAGCUCAGGUGUAGCUAAUGAAAUUAAGGAUGUUGAUGAUAAUAUUGUAAUAAUGUAAUCUUUUCUAUUCAAAUGCACAAUAAGCCAUUUCAUUGAAUCAGCAUACACAGCGCCACACUGGCACAUCUAAAUGAAAGUGUGUGUUAUCUGUCUUAAUGAAUACACUUGUGCUUUUUCAGCUGUGACAACAGGCGACAAACCUGGACGCCAGGACUGAAUGGGCAUUAAAGCCGUGAGUUAGAUAAGCCCUUUUGUCUCUGUCUGUCUCUUUACUUGCUGUGGAGUUGUUGAGGUUUUGGUGGUCGUAAUGUGUGCUGUACCAUGUUUGACUGGAUACUGUUGUUAUAGCUGCUGUCUAUAGGCACAGAACCAUAGGAGGGCUUCGAAUGCUUGUGAAUUUCUCCACUUUUAUUGGUUGUUCAGCCACCUGCUGGGCUCUGCCAGUGGCUUUGUUGUUGCGCUGUAUAAUUAAUCAUUAGCUACAGCCCUAACUGGAGGCUUUAUAGGCUUAUUUAUGUGUGGCAAACAUGUAGAUGUA